CACUCGCGACGUUGCCGCGGUCGCUGGCACGCAGAGCAACAUCCUGAAGGACUCCCUUGGUCGAGCGAUAUCAGCUUCCCACACUUCUUGCAUCCCUCGUGGUGCCCUCAUCCGCAUGCCGGAUCGCCACGGUCACCAGAGAUAAGAGCAGCGGCCAUGGAGAUGAACGCGAAUGCUCGGGAGCUCCAUGAGCUGGAAAAUGAGCUCCACGUCGAGCUCUUGCCGGGCACGGAGCUCAUGACAGACGUCGGCUCCCAUCAUUUCGUAAAGGGCAAAUCUCAUGUUCUCGUUCCUCAACCAUCCGACGACAGCCACGAUCCUCUCAACUGGAGCCCAUUCUGGAAAUCGUGCUGUAUCAUAGCCGCAACCAUGGUCACAUUUACCCAGGGCUUUGGACCACUCGCAUUGGCGCCCAUGUUUCCAGCAUACAUCAAAGAGUUUGACUCUGAUCUGCAUCAUGUCGUCAAGUUCACGGGCGUCUGCAUCUUGGUGUUGGGUUUUAGCAAUUUCAUCUGGGUGCCCAUCAGCACAUCGUGUGGGCGACGGCCAGUCUACAUCCUUUCCCAGCUCAUCUGCCUUGCCUCGUCGAUAUGGCGAGCGAAAGCCACAACAUAUGGACAAUUUAUGGGAGCUUGUGUACUGAAUGGCAUCGGUGCCGGCCCAGCAGAGACGAUUCAGCCCCAAGUCAUCGCUGACAUAUUCUUCUUGCACGAUCGUGGAUUUUGGAAUACACUCUACUGGGUAGCCUACAUGGGCAGCUUGAUGGUCGGACCGAUCGUCUCUGGAGUCAUGGACCUUCAUAUCGGAUGGCGAAGCUUUUGGUGGCUCAAUGCGGGCCUCCUUGGACUAUCCAUCCUAAUGGUUAUCUUCAUGUUCCCAGAAACGAAAUGGCAUCCCGCCAGAGAUCCGUGGCUCGGCAAAGGAGCUCCAAGCAGGCUACAGUGGGGCGUCUACACCCCAAGCCCGAACCCGCUCAAGAGCAUAUUCCUCGAUCUCUGGAUUCCGUGGAAGCUUUUCAUGUUCCCGAUCGUCGAAUUCUCCUCCUUCGUCGUUUCCUGGUCUUGCAGCUCCUUCCUCACCAUCAACCUUACACAGUCUCAGAACUUCGCCGCACCACCUUACAACUUCAGCCCGCAAAGCAUUGGUUUCAUGAACUUCGCUAUCCUGGCAGGCGCGAUCAUCGGUCUCGUUACAGCUGGACCGCUCAGUGACUGGGUCAGCGCUCGCGCCACCAAGAAGAAUCGCGGCAUUCGCGAGCCUGAGAUGAGACUGCCUGCUAUGAUCCCUUACGUCCUCAUCAUGAUCCUCGGCAACUUCAUCGUCGCAUUUGGCUAUGACCGGAAAUGGUCCUGGGAAGUCAUCGUUAUCGUCGGCUUCGCCUGUGCUGGUCUCCAGGUCGCUGCACUUCCCGCCAUGGCUACGACUUACGCUGUCGACUCUUACAAGCCUGUCGCCGGAAGUCUGAUGGUUUCAAUUACCGUCAAUAAGAACCUGUGGGGCUACGGAUUUGCCGAGUUCAUCACACCUUGGGUUGUGAAGUCUGGUUUCAUCCCGCCCAUCAUGACUAACAUGAGUCUCAUCACAUUGUGGUGCUCUUUUGGCUUCUUGUUCUACUACUCUGGCAAGACAUUCAGAAGAUGGAGCAGGAAUGACUCGGUGCAUCGAAUGUAGAAGUAUCUAUUACAUGAACAAGGCGCAUCAUGACGAU